AUGCAGCAAAAUAACAGUGUGACUGCAUUCAUACUGUUAGGAUUAACACAGGAUCCCUUGAAGCAGAGAACAGUGUUUGUAAUCUUCUUAAUUUUCUAUAUGGGAACUGUGUUGGGGAAUAUGCUCAUUAUUGUGACCAUAAAGUCCAGCCGGACACUAGGAAGCCCCAUGUACUUCUUCCUAUUUUAUUUGUCCUUUGCUGAUUCUUGCUUUUCAACUUCCACAGCCCCUGGAUUAAUUGUGGAUGCUCUCUCUGCAAAGAAAAUUAUAUCCUACAAUGAGUGCAUGACACAAGUCUUUGCACUACAUUUAUUUGGCUGCAUAGAGAUCUUUGUCCUCAUCCUUGUGGCUGUUGAUUGCUAUGUGGCCAUCUAUAAGCCCUUGCAUUACCCAAUCAUCAUGAGCCGGCAGUUCUGCAUCAUUCUGGUUUUUCUUGCCUAGAUAGGGUCUUUUAUACACUCUAUGACUCAGAUUAUCCUGGCCUUAAGAUUGCCUUUCUGUGGAGCCAAUUUGAUUGAUCAUUAUUGCUGUGAUUCGCAGCCCUUGUUGAAACUUACCUGCAUGGACACUUACACGAUCAACCUGCUGUUGGUGUCUAACAGUGGGGCAAUUUGCUCAAGUAGUUUCACGAUUUUCAUAAUUUCAUAUAUUGUCAUCUUGCAUUUACUGAGAAAACACAGUGCCGAAGAGAGGAAAAAGUCUCUCUCCACUUGCACUUCCCACAUAAUUGUAGUCAUCUUAUUCUUUGGCACAUGUAUAUUCAUAUAUACACGCUCCCCAACCACUUUCCCCAUGGACAAGAUGGUGGUGGUAUUUUAUACUAUUGGAACACCCUUUCUCAAUCCACUCAUCUGCACACUGAGGAAUGCAGAAGUGAAAAAUGCCAUGAGAAAGUUAUGGCAUGGCAAAAUUACUUCAGAAAACAACGGAUAA